ACGCGCAUGCAGCACAUUCUUGUCCACGCUGGUAACGUUACCUCCUCGAGCGUACGCAGCUCACUCUCGUGCAGGUGUUUUGCAUAGAAGAGCUCGUGUCUCCUGCCUUAACAGAAGUCAUGGCUGACCAGGUGUCCGCCAUGUGUGACCAGCUUGUCACAGCUGUGAAUGUGAUGAUGGAGGCAGAAUCAGGACACAUUUACCGACUGGAGGCCCUGAAGUUUUGUGAGGAGUUUAAAGAGACGAGCUCCUUCUGUGUCCCAUGUGGCUUACGACUAGCCGACAAAGCACAGCCCGCUGUGGUGAGACACUUUGGUUUGCAAAUCCUGGAGCACGUCAUCAAGUUUCGAUGGAACAACAUGCAACAACAAGAGAAAGUCCAGUUGAAGGAGUGUGCCAUGCAGCUGUUAUCAACUGGUACUCAUCCUAUCCUGGAGGAGGAGAGCCACAUCAAAGAUGUCCUGUCACGAAUCACUGUGGAAAUGAUAAAGAGGGAAUGGCCUCAGCAUUGGCCAGAUAUGCUUAAAGAGAUGGAGGCUCUCACUAGCCAUGGGGAGGCGCAGACAGAGCUGGUGAUGUUGAUCCUGUUGAGGCUGGCGGAGGAUGUGAUCUCCUUCCAGACGUUGCCCACCCAGCGACGCAGAGACAUCCAGCAGACACUCACCCAAAACAUGGAAAGCAUCUUCAGCUUCAUGAUGGCCAUUCUGCAUGUUAAUGUCGAGGACUACCGUAAACUGAAUGGGUCACCCGGACAUGAACUGCAGGCCAGAGCUCACUGUCGAGUCGCGGUGGCUACGCUGAAUACACUCGCAGGCUACAUAGACUGGGUGUCUCUGGUGCACAUCACUAGCGGAAACUGUCAUCUACUGGAGAUGUUGUGUUUGCUGCUGAGUGAACCCGAGCUGCAGCUGGAGGCAGCAGAGUGUCUGCUCAUCGCUAUCAGCAGGAAGGGCAAGCUGGAGGAGAGGAAGCCAUUCAUGCUGCUCUUUGAUGAUGUGGCCAUCGACUACAUCCUUUCUGCAGCCCAGUCAGCAGAUGGACUGGCAAUAUGUAAGAAAUCCGCUGAAUCACAAGCGGUGGAGGUGGUGGAGCGGCGUUACGUCUUCCUGAAGAGGCUGUGUCAGGUCCUGUGUGCUCUGGGAGGCCAACUCUGCGCAUUAGUGGGUUCAGAUGUAGAGGUCGAGGUACCCGCUAAUCUUAGCAAGUACACAGAAGCGUUUUUAGCUUUCACUACACAUUCCAGUCAGUUUUUAAAGUCGUCUACUCUGGCCACUUGGGGAGCUUUGUUCAGACAUGAGACUCUGUCAAAGGACCCGGUUGUUGUCGAGAUGGCCAUCAAAUACCUCAGAGCGUCUAUGACCAACCUAGUCAAGACUGGAUUUCCAUCUAAAAACAACAACCCAAGUUGCGAGUACUCCCGUGUGGACUUUGACAGCGAUGAAGACUUCAAUUCGUUCUUAAAUUCUUUUCGAGCGCAGCAGGGAGAGGUCGUGAGGUUUGCAUGUCGCAUUGUCCCCCUGGAGGCUUUCCAGAUAGCAGCAGACUGGUUACAGUAUCAGAUUGCCAGCCCUAUUGAUACGGGGGCUACAACAUCUAAGACUGCUGAGGGCCUGUGCUCCCUCUUAUCUCCAUCAGUGGUCCAGUGGGAUGCAAUGACCGUCUUCAUGGAGUGUGUGGUCGCACAGAUCCUCAAAAAUAUGGAGGAGGAGAAGUUGCCCAUUGAUCAGAGCAUGGAGCUGCUGCAGGCCGUGCUGAACUACAACACCAAAGACCCGCUCAUCUUGUCCUGUUUGCUCACCAACAUCUCGUCCCUCUUCCCAUUUGUUAAACAAAGGCCGCCCUGCCUGCCACCGAUUCUAUACAAGCUGUUUAAUGCCAUAACAUUUGAGGUUGGACAGGACAGUAAGGCACCUCGGACCCGAGCUGUAAUGAACGUGAGAAGGCACGCCUGUUCUUCCAUCAUCAAAAUAUGCCGGGACUACCCACAGUACAUCCUGCCUUGUUUUGACUUGUUCUACAAUCACGUUAAGAAGUUGUUCUCAACCGACGCCACGCUCUCUCACAUGGAGAAAUGUUCGCUGAUGGAAGCUCUGGUGCUCAUCAGCAACCAGUUCAAAGACUUUGCAAAGCAGAAGGCUUUUCUAGAUGAACUGAUGGCUUCAGUGGUUGCAGAAUGGACCUCGGCUGAGAUGAGGCAGGUGCUGUGUGACCCUGCCAUGUUCCUGUCCUUUGUCGGUGCUGAUCAGGUGGUGAAUGAGCAAAGUCGAGACGCAGACACUGCGGGCCUUAAUAGGGGCCGGCUGGGUUUUUUCUUGUAUGCCAUGAUUGGAGUGGUCAAGCGGGCACGCUGGCCUGCAGACCUGGAGGAAGCCAAGGCCGGUGGCUUUGUGAUGGGCUACACCGCUGCUGGAGCUCCCAUCUACAGAAACCCCUGCACUGCCAUGUUUCUGCUCUUGCUGCCAAACCUGCUGGCUCUAAUCAGGACUAACAACAGUCUGUUCCUGCCAGAGAACAUGGCUCGUCUGAGUGAGACUUACUCCAGGGCCCAUGAGGUGAUGGAUGCGGAUAAAAAUGUGGUUCUUGGUCUCUCUAAGCAUCUUCUGGAUAUUUAUGACUCUCCUGUGUAUAGAACCAACCUGGAGCGGAUGCAGGGAUUUUUCUGCACAUUGUAUGACAACUGCUUCCAUGUCCUGGGAAAUGCAGGUGUGUCCUUGCAGCAGGAAUUCUACACCAUCGAGAGGUUGAGCGAAGAAAUAGCUGGGUCUGCUUUUGUCUCCCUCGACUGUGUGCCUGAUCACAGACUUCGCCCCAUGAUUCGGGUGUUCGUGAGGCAGUUGGUGCUAUCAUGUCCUCAGGAGUACUACAACAGUCUACUCUGCCCCCUGCUAGGACCUCUGUUCGCCUACAUGCAGCAGAGACUCAACGUCAAGUGGCAGGUCAUCAACCAGAGGAGCUCUGUCAACGGUGAGGAUGAUGAGGAGGAGGUGGUGUGUCAGGAGAGCCAGGUGACGCAGGAGAUGUUGGAGGAGCAGCUGGUACGCCUGGUCAGCAGGGAGAUCCUGGAUCUUCUCUCUGUGAGCUGUAUUACAAAAAAAGUGCCUGAACCAACAGCAAAUAAGGAGGAAAUGGAUGAGGAAGACAUGAUGGAUUCAGUGCAGGCGGCGUCUCCUGCCCAGCCCACAGAGGAGCUGACUGAGCUGGGAAAAUGCCUGUUGAAACACGAGAGCAUCUAUAUGAACCUGUUGACCCUCUCCUUCACCUCUCUAUCAUGGAAGGACACCACUUACUGUCACCGCACUGCUUCAAUGGUCUGCUGGACACUUCUGCGGCAGGUCAUAGUGGGUAAUCUUCUUCCUGAGGCGGUCACAUGGUUCUAUACCAGUGUCCUCAGAGGCCUUCAGGUUCAUGGGCAGCAUGAGGUCUGCAACACCACCCUCUCUCAGCUGGCAAUGCUCAUCUAUGAAAACCUGCGGCCUCGCUACACUGAACUGAGACUGGUGAUGACCCAGAUCCCAAACAUCAGUGUGGACUCCCUGGACCAGUAUGAUCACAAGCUCAUUGACCCCAAUGCCCAGAAGCUUGGAGAGAAGAAGAGGAAAGACCAGUUCAAGAGGCUCAUUGCAGGAACAGUUGGGAAAGCUCUGUGCCAGCAGUUCAGGAAGGAGGUUCACAUCCGGAAUCUUCCAUCGCUCUUCAAAAAGCCGAAGCCGGACAAAGACGUGCAGAGCGGUGAAGCACUGGGCCUGGAAGCUCUCUUCUCCCCGGAGAAUAAUACCCUCUAGGAGCACAUAGUGGUUCUAAUGGACUUCAUACUGACAGAAGACCGUUAUGUGUACAAACCGGGGAUUCCCUCUCCGAACUCCAGCAGGAGCAGCGCGGCUACACCUAACAUAACUGUCGACGUCUUCUGUUUUUCAAAACGUCAUCUUUUAUUUCAACCGUCGUGCCACAGCACCAGUCACACUCAUAAGUUAUAUCUUUCCACUGGUCAUUUGGUCAUGCUUGUUUCAGUCACCGUAGAUCCCUCAUUGUUAAAUCCUGUUGCACACUACUUCUCCAUUCCCUUGGUCCUAUCGAUGAGAGGUCAAUGAGCUAUGGAAAUUUGUAGUACAUAUUUCAGAUUAAAGAAUGGCCCUCUCUGUGUCAGAUUGUGUUAAGGGACGAUCUUGAAAUAUCAGACUAGCCAUCAAUAAUUGCUCUGCAGCAGAAUCUUUAUUGAGCGACAAAACUUUUAUGAAAAGGACCAAACUGUGUUCUGUUGUUUCACGUUGGGGCUUUUUCAUUUUAAGGGGCAAUAUUUGCCCAUUGCCCGGCAUCUUGCAUACAAUAUGUCAGAUAUAUAUGGGAAGAGGAAAUCAAUUAAGCGUCAAGGUUUAAUAUACAGUAUAGAAACUGGCAUCUAAUGACAUCCAAAAAAAGCAAAGAAAAGAGAAUUGCUGCAGGAGUUGCGUGUGAGAAAACGAGUGUGUGUAUUGUGUGGCUAAUGGAGCGGUGGAGACCCUUUGUACUUGUAAAAUCUUAAUUUCAGAGGUUAGUGCUGCAGAUAUGAUAUGUGACCACGCUGCUGCUCUCAAGGCUGUUAUAUUCCGGGUCAAAAAGAAGAAAAAUCUUCUUACUAAUUAUUUUUUUUGUUGCCGUAAUUUCUUUUGACUGGACAAGCUUGAAUGCAGUCCCUGAUUUUGAAGUACGUGCUAAAUGUAACUCAGGUGCGAUGUUCCCUAAGAUGGGGCGAAGAGGCUUUAUGGAAACAUACCCAGGAAAAAAUAUUAAGCUGAAUUGUGAUUUCAAGAAUGGUUAUUGUAGAUAUAAAGGUAAACAACAGUUCUGUAGUUAGCAGACAUUACACAGUAGUUGGUUUAGGCAAUUGUGGGUUGCAUUUAGCCAGUUCCUCAUAUCAGCACAAUGUACACAGCCCAAGUAGUGCUUUGAAUUGCUUAUUUAAAGAAAGAACAUAUCAUGCUACAUUUAUUUCAGCCACAUAUUGUGCCAAAACACUCAACGAUGAACUUUGAAAAACUUUACCAGGCAGUUAAAUCUGAGACGCAAAACCUAAUAAGAUAUAACUUUAAUGAAGAUUAUUCAAGGGUGGACUCAACAACUAAUGUGUAGCUUAAUCCAAGUCUUUAUGUUUUCUGGCUUUUUAUAUUCUUUUUUUAAAGUGUUUUAUGGGUUUGAACUGGUUUUGUCAGCCAUAAGAAAAAGAUGAUCAAGCACUACAUUCCUUCAUUAUCCAAGGGAUUGUUUUAAGCAUAAUUGGGUGGAUGUAUUUUGCUCUAAUGGAGCUUUCAUGUAGAGUGUGAUUCAUAUUGUGUUGUGUAGAUUCAGACAAGAAAUAUAUGGUUAUUUUGGCCUAGAGUGAGACCCCUUUAAAAGGCAAUAAGACUGGUCUGCAUUUCAGAUAUUACUGAAACAGGUUCACAUCAUCCUUGCCCAGGAAUAGGAACAUUUAUAAAGCUUGACCUUCCCAUGACUUGAUUUCACUGUCUUUGUGGUGAUCGUUUGUUCACAUGUGGCCAUUUAAAUAAAAAGCUUGUUCAACACUAAAAUAUUAUGUACAAAUGAGAAAAUAUGCUUUUUAAAACUGUAGUGUGGUUUAUAUUUUGUUUUUGAAUAA